AUGCUGGUGACCUAUUUGGAAGCCAGCCGGGACCUUUGCGAGACGGACUCAAUUCUUUUUGGCGCCGCGCUGGCAGUCUGCCGUAUCAUAGGCGCCAAGGUUUCCACGGCUGGACGCGCUACUGGCCAUAGUAGCGCUAUCCCAGCAUGGAGAAGAAGAAUUGAGGAACGUAUCGCAAAGGCUAGAGCUCUCAUCGGCAGACUGAUAUGCUUCAGAUCAGGCAACAACAGGCCAAGAAUUGUGCGCACCGUCAGGAUGGCGUUUGCUGGGUCAAAUGUCAGUUUGUCCCAGCCGGAUAUAACGCAAAAACCGACGGAGCGCAUAGAUGAUCUGAAGCAGAGAAUCGCUGCUUGGGGAAAGCGGAUUCGGCGAUAUACCGAGAGGUCGACACGGUUCAACCAGAAUCGUCUCUUCCAGAGUGAUCAGAAGAGGCUCUAUGAAUCAUUGGAGCGACCAAUGGUAAGUGGAACGGGUCCAGCACCGAAUCAGGCCGACACUGUAGCAUUCUGGCGCGGCCUGUGGUCAGAGCCCGUAAACCACAGCGAGGGCCCUUGGACGGAAGUUGUGGCGAGUCAGUGUGCGGGUAUUACGCCCAUGGACCCCGUCAUCAUAACGCCGGAUGACGUAGCUGAGGCGGUCCGUAGGGCCCCGAACUGGAAAAGUCCGGGGCUUGACGGGCUGCAUCACUACUGGCUGAAGGGGUUCAUGGUGUGUCACUCUGUGCUCGCCCGACAGUUUCAAGAGGCUCUCAACCAGAAGUCGCUCCCAAGCCUCUUCACUACUGGGAUCACUCAUUUGGUUCCUAAAGACCAGGGGCCGCUGCCUGUAGGUCGCCAGGGCGCGUCUGGAGCUGGCGCUGGACGCGGCAGCAUGCGAACCGCCAGCCGAGCGCGAGGUGCUGCACGACCACCCAGCAGCCCCUCGCAUCCAUCAUCCCCACCAGCUGGCUUGGUGUCGGCAGGGUCUUCGCGGGCCCAGCAAUCGGCACCCGCCUCUGGUGGAGUACGCCGCAUGCGUUGGACAACCCAGAUGAACAGCAACGCAUUGCGGGCGUAUUUUAGGGCGAAAGGGGGAGAAACUGGAUGUUUGGCGUAUCGGGCUAGGAUGCAUCGUCUUUUUGCUGAGCUGGAGCCAUCUUUAACCGUUGCAGAGCAAAACCUGGCAGACCGAGUUCGGUAUAUCUUGCGCUCAAAUAUAUUUGAUGUCGCCGAACUCGAACGGCUACGACGUGAGGCUGUUCCCUCGUCGGAUGAGAAUGCUACGGCUGAGGAUACGGCGCCACAAAUGGUAGAGCAACCCGCAAACGUGGAUGCCGCCGUGAAUACCCCAGUUGUGGUUGAUUCAAACGAUGAUGGAACAGUCGCCCAGGAACUGGAAUUAGAGCAUAUGAGGAGUACAUUGGAAGAGGCGAUUGUGGAAACGCGCUGUACGCCUCUCGAAAAUCGACCGCGUCUUCCCCGCAUAGCCCUAAGCAAGCGGAAUCGGGCUGUCGUGAGGGCUCUGAACCCAAUGCUGGUGACAUAUUUGGAAGCCAGCCGGGACCUUUGCGAGACGGACUCAAUUCUUUUUGGCGCCGCGCUGGCAGUCUGCCGUAUCAUAGGCGCCAAGGUUUCCACGGCUGGACGCGCUACUGGCCAUAGUAGCGCUAUCCCAGCAUGGAGAAGAAGAAUUGAGGAACGUAUCGCAAAGGCUAGAGCUCUCAUCGGCAGACUGAUAUGCUUCAGAUCAGGCAACAACAGGCCAAGAAUUGUGCGCACCGUCAGGAUGGCGUUUGCUGGGACAAAUGUCGGUUUGUCCCAGCCGGAUAUAACGCAAAACUGA